UUGCCAGUACGUGUUCCGGGGUGAGCAAAUGGCGGCGGCGGCGACGGCUGGCCGGAGACCAGCCUCGUCAACAACGGCAUCGGAGGCGGAAGCGAAGGACGCCGAGAACCUCCGUCUCAUCGAGGAGAUGACCUCCAACGUGGACUCCGUGCAAGAGCGGGUUCUGGCCGAGAUCCUCUCCCGGAACGCCGCCACGGAGUACCUCACGGACUGCGGCGGCCCCACCGACCGUGCCACCUUUCGGGCCAAGGUGCCGGUGGUGUCGUACGACGCUCUCAAGCCGUACAUCCAGCGCAUCGCCAACGGAGACCGGUCGCCCAUCAUGUCGACGCACCCCGUCUCCGAUUUCCUCACCAGCUCCGGCACCUCCGGCGGCGAGCGCAAGCUGAUUCCCAGCACCGCCGAGGAGGGCCGCCGACGCCAGCUUCCCUUCGGUCUCCUUAAGGCAGUCAUGAACUUGCACUUCCCAGGGCUUGACAAGGGGAAGGGGCUCUACUUUCUCUUGGUCAAGUCGGAGACCAAGACGCUGGGCGGGCUGACGGCGUGGCCGAUGAUGACCAGCAUUUACAAGAGCGAGCAGUUCAAGGACCCCUUGCGCGACCACACCAGCCCGAGGGCGGCCGUGCUCUGCGCCGACACGUCCCAGAGCAUGUACGCGCAGAUGGUGUGCGGCCUGUGCCAACGCCACGACGUGCUCCGCGUCGGCGCCGCCUUCGCCUCCGGCCUGCUGCGCGUCAUCCGCUUCCUCCAGCUCAACUGGGAGCAGCUCGCCGCCGACAUCGAGGCCGGCACGCUCGCCCCGUGCGUGGACGACGCGUCGGUGCGCGAGGCGGUCGCCGGCAUCCUCCGCCGCCCGGACCCGGAGCUGGCUCAGUUCGUCCGGGGCGAGUGCUGCAAGGGCGAAUGGGCCGGCAUCGUCCCGCGCAUCUGGCCCAACACGAGGUACAUCGAUGCCAUCGUCACCGGCGCCAUGGCGCAGUACGUCCCGGCCCUGGAAUACUACGGCGGCCGCCUGCCGUUGGUGUCCUCCUCCUACGCGUCCUCCGAGUGCUACUUCGGCAUCAACCUUCAGCCGCUGUGCAAGCCGGACGACGUCUCCUACACCAUCAUGCCCAACAUGGCCUACUUCGAGUUCCUCCCCGUGGACGACGCCACCACAGGCGAGGUCGUGGCACCUGAAGGUGACGCGGCCCGGCUGGUGGACCUCGCCCGCGUGGAGGCAGGGCGGGAGUACGAGGUGGUGAUCACCACCUACGCCGGGCUGAACCGGUACCGCGUCGGCGACGUGCUCCGCGUGGCGGGUUACCACAGCGCCGCUCCACGGUUCACGUUCGUGCGCCGCAAGAACGUGUUGCUCUCCGUCGAAUCCGACAAGACCGACGAGGUCGAGCUGCAGCGCGCCGUGGAGCGGGCCUCGGAGCUGCUCCGACCGCACGGCGCGUCCGUGGCAGAGUACACCAGCCACGCAUGCACCAAGCGCAUCCCGGGGCACUACGUCAUCUACUGGGAGCUGCUGACCACCGGCGACGAGGCGGUGGGCAAGGAGACCCUCGACGCGUGCUGCCUGCAGAUGGAGGAGGCCCUGAACGCGGUCUACAGGCAGAGCCGGGUGGCCGAUGGGUCGGUCGGGCCGCUCGAAAUCCGAGUCGUCCGGCCCGGCACCUUCGAGGAGCUCAUGGACGACGCCAUCUCUCGCGGCGCGUCCAUCAGCCAGUACAAGGUGCCCCGCUGCGUCGCGCUCCCGCCCGUCGUUGAGCUGCUCGACUCGUGCGUCGUGUCCGCCCACUUCAGCCCUAGCUUGCCACACUGGACCCCAGCUCGGCGCCACGACUAGAAAGAGGCAGUUCAUCUGGUCAUGCUCGCCAUUGUUUGUGGGAUGAUUGAUUUCCGUGGGUAUGACUUAUGAGGUGCUUCACAUGGCCUUGGGCAUAGGCGCCAUUGUGUAUCUCGUUUGAACGAUGUGCCUUGAUUGUUGUUGAUCGGAUGUGUGUGGUUUUCACUUCCUUCUUUAAUAAAUCGUGCUUUGUUUGAUAA